UUUCCUAUUGGGUCUGUGGAGAGUUUGGCAUCAUCAACUCACCAGUGACAGCUUUCACACAUGGGCAGUGCCGAAGUGAGCGGACGUAAAACACACCCUGGCCUGACCAGACUGACCAAAGAGACUCUGCCCUUAGACAGCACGCAGCACGUCUCCGCUUCAGUCCUAAAGGUCGCCUCCGUUUGAACAGUGAGGAGAAGAGAGAGAGCCAAAGCAGCCGGCUCACCACCACCACCACCGCCGCGCAGCCAAGGAAACCCAGCAAACACUUCAGCCCCAAUCCCCCCAGCCAGGGAGGGGGAGAGAGACUCAGAGGAGAUCCGCUAACAAAAGCAUUCUUGGCUUUCAGCACAAAAAUAAGCACCAGAAAAGUCAUUUAGAGAACCUCAGAUACAGAUUCGAGGAGAUAAGCGGAACGAAGUGGCGUCUCGCCUCACAGCAUCAGCGGGACUCCUCAACUUUUUAUCCAGAACUUUUUUUCUUCCUUUUUUCUGUGUAAAAUCCUCACCAGGCUGACAUUCACACUCUGAGAGCCAAGAAACGCUGAAACAGAGGCAAAAUGUGGACGAAAACAGGAACGCUGUGGACUAUUUUUGUGCUAGGUUUUCUCCUCCAAUACACAAACGCAGAUCCCUCUACCAGUACCAGUCCUUCAACCUCCUCUGCUCAGCCUACGUCUCCUGCUUCCCCGACCAUUACUGUUCAGCCUCCCACUUCUGCUUCCUCGACCUCUUCUGCUCCCCCGACCUCUUCUGCUCCACCGACCUCUUCUGCUCCUCCAACCUCUUCUGCUCCUCCGACCUCUUCUGCUCCUCCAACCUCUUCUGCUUCCUCGAGUCACACAACAACACUGCCAACCCCAGCUGCUACUCUUACCACUGUUGCUACAAAACCAACCACCGGAGCACAACCAACUAGUAAAGACUUGACCCCAACAUCACAAGGCCCAAAUGCCCCUGCUACUACUCAAGCCAGUGAUACUUCUGUAAACAGUGGGACCAGUCCUCAGUUGACUACAAAUGCCAAAGCUACAACCUCAAACAGCACAACUGCACAGGGUUCAACAGAAACUAAAGCACCUACCACUCCAUCAUCCCCUACAGGGAGCCACACCACAGCGCCGAACAUCGGCAUAUUAAUCAGCACGAGCUCAAAUACGCCAGGCCCAAUUGCUCAGGACAGUAACUCUACUCAGAGCAGUUUCACAGCAGUUUCCAUUAUUACACCAUCAAUAUUAAGCACUAACUCAAAAGAUGCCAGUCCGUCUGUUACAGAUUCACCUGUAGCUAAGACCACCCAGAUCGCAGCAACAACCAAUCGAAGCGAAGAGGCUGUAACAACACUAGAUAUCCAUCAGAGAUCUACUCCAACACCAGAAUUAAAUAGGCCUCCAUCAACUGGGUCCAUCAAACCAUUCAACAAGAAAAUCACAAAGGAAGAUAUUCAGGAUACGAGUAAUGACAAUAUCUUUGUUCGAACUUGUCGAGAACUCAUAAAAAAUUACAACUCAGCUACUGGCUGCAAUCUGGAGGUAAACGAAAGAGAUAAUGAUUACCACAUCAUCUCUGUGAGUCUGACAGUUGAUCCAUCAGAAGCAACGAAAAUCUACAUUAAGGAAAAAAGGUCAAAGCCUGAACCCACACCGGUGCCUAGCACUCUGAUUGCCAUCUUGUCUUCGUGUGGCGCCCUGUUGCUCUUCCUUGCUUGUUUCGCUCUGUACUGCGGGUGCCACCACAGGUCCUACAGGAAGAACCAGCAACACCUGACUGAGGAGCUCCAGACAGUGGAGAAUGGUUACCAUGACAACCCCACUCUGGAGGUGAUGGAGGUGCAGCCGGAGAUGCAGGAGAAGAAGCUGACGCUGAAUGGAGAGUUCAACGACAGCUGGAUUGUGCCCAUCGACAACCUGGCCAAAGAGGACAUACCUGACGAGGAGGACACUCACCUGUAAAGGGGACACUUGCCCAGCUUAAUGAUGGACAUCAAGAAUAUAUCACAACACAGUCCAAUGGUCGGACGACAGACUGCUGUAAAGACUAUCCGAGGGCCCAACAGUAAUUGGACACAUUUACUAAACCUGAUUUAAUGCCAAAAGGGCAGAGGCCACAGUGAGAAAUACAGAAGGAUGAUCAAAGGAUAGCCUGUGGCCUGUCCGCGUGCCAUAACGCUGAAACAGGAGUAGGGUCUAUCUUCAAAGAACACUGAAAAUUUGCGGGAAAGAUUUUAAGGCACACAUAUUGCUACACCCACACGAAAAGGGGUUUCAGUCGAUCUUGUAUUUCACUCGUAAUUCUUCAGAGGAAUGUACACUGCUGCACCUGUAUAUAAUGUUUUUAACUUUUUGCGACUUGGUAACUCCCACAGAUAUUGAUCACAAGCAUUAGGGUGAGACCUAUGGAUUAAUCCUGAUCAUCCUGGUAUUUUAGACUGUAGGCCUGGUUCUGUUGCACUGCUUUAAAGCUGCAAUGUGAAAGCAUCAGUAAGUAGAUGACCAAAGCACCUCACGACUGCCGAUAUUAUGGAUUCUGUAGAACAUUAGAUCACCACACAGCUUAGUGUAGUUUACCUGACAGCAGCUUUCACAGCUUGCAAUUUUCUUUAGCUCUGCAACUGUUUAACUGUCUUGUUGCAAAGAGGUGCUAGACUCCACAUAAAACAUCAGAUUAAAGCUGACCGAAUCAAUAAGAAAUCCAGAGUCGCGCUUGAUCAAAACUGACUGAAGGAGCCCGUUCCAGUUUCUAACUUUUGACGAAAGUGUCUGAACCUUUUCAGGGUUCUGACAAGAGAUGAACUGUUUGUAUAUACACUGGUUAUUUUUGACUUUUAUGUCUGUAGUUCUCGUCUCUCAAGUAAAAGUACACCAUGCAGUUAGUUUCUGGCUUAUUGCCCUUACAUUAGCUUACAGCUACUUGGUCACCAAGUUAAUUGACAAUUUUGAUUGAAAACUGUUAGUUGCAGCUACGUAUUUUUCAACGUUCUUUUUCUUAAAUAUUUAAAUUAUGUAUAACUGUCCAAUGUGGUUUAGAUAUUAAAGCACUACACUUCAGAUACUCCAGGAAAUGUUCAUAGGUAUCUCAUUAUAACGCACACUCUCGUUAUAGGUGUUUGAAUUCCACUGAUGAGUAUUUUGUAUGUAUUUUAUAAUCUGUAUUAAAACUUGCGUUUGCCAGUGAAGGCAAACAACAGGGGUCUGAUACACUGGAAGCCACUACUGUUGAUUAUAUUAUUUCUUUUUCCAAGGAAUCAAAUUUGUCCUUUUAAAUAAAAGUUGUUUCACAAAUA